GUGGAGCACGAAUGGAGGGAUGGUUUGACCUUGGGGAUGGUAGCUGAGUUGGAUCUUCGUUGUCUGUUGCCCUUCCCCUUCACCGAGUAAACAUGACUGACGGAGAGGAACUAGAUCUUCUAGACCACCCUAGCUGUCGAAAGUGGGCAUCCGCGCAACUCUACCCCCUCUCCAACCCCCCCCCUACUAGCGCCGUUUCCAAAACAGUCUUCCACCCAAAAAUCUUCGCCCACACACUCUCAGCCCUCCUCCGCCCGCUCGUCUCCCCACACUACUACAUCACCCACCACCCCAGCCUACCCUUACAUAUGCUCCGUGUGCAACUCCAUCCACCCACCCCUUCCCCUCCCGCAACCCCACUGACCCUCCCCCAAAGCAAGCACAUAUUCUGGCUCGCAUUUCCCGAAUCCACAGACGGCUACGUCUUCCACACCCUCCCUGCUUCCUCCGCCAUCUCCGCCACCUCACUUCCGGAAAUAAUCCGCGAAAGCAUCGCAAUAGCCGUCUCGAGGCGCGGCAUCCGCUACGGCAUCCGCGCCGCGAGAAUGAGCGCGAGGACCCUGGAAGCGGUGGCCUAUCACCGCGGCGGUGAAGGCGAUGGCGGCAUGUUGGGUGGGUGGAGCAUAUUCUCGGGCGGGGGCGCGAGCGUUGACGAUGACGUUCUCGACCUUCUCCCCACUCGCGCUCCCCCGCUACCGCGGGAGCAACGGGGGGAGGAGGGGAAAGCGGGCGACGAACAAACCAGAAAACGUCAAAAGAUAGCAGAAGCUAGAUUCGGCAUUGGGGCAAAGGAGGGUGAUGGCACGGGUUUGGAGAGUGCGGUAUUUGCACUCGUGGAGCAGUUCCCUCCCCCCCGCUCUCUUCCCGCGGGAGAGCACCAGCAGGAGGAAGGGAUGGGGGAGGAGGGAGAAGAGUUCAGGCCGAAAAUCAUGGUAAGGCUUGAGGGGUCGCAUAUAUUUGCCGGUGUGCGCAGCUUGGUCGAGCAGGGCGUUGGCUUCGACGGGGCCAGGUUGCCUGGCUGGCUGACAGGUGAGGCCGGGGUUACGACAGGGAGGGUUAAGGGAGGAAGGGUUAAG